UCAAUUACGUUUCUAUUUGAUUUUAAUAUUUUUUACCCUCAGUGUAGGUAAGCCUUUACAUAUCUCUGAAGAAAAUUGUCAAGAAAAACCCGCCUCUGUUGCCUUAUUAUGAAUUAUUUUUUAUCUUUUCUUAUUGAUACAUUGAUCACUUUACUUGAGUUUACUGCAAUAGGAACGCCUCUGCUACGAGUAUGAAACCACUUGGACACCCCGCAAUAUAUAUGUACAUACGUCAUUGCUUUCUAUUCAAGCCAAUAUGCCUUGACUCAAGCUUAAAAUUAUUUAUAAGACAUUCAAUUUACUUUUGUAAACACUUGACUUUGUUAUUUCAAAGAUAAAAAAAAGAGCAAAGAUGUCCGAGGACAUGUCCACUUCGGUAUGGCCAGCAACAACGACCAGUGCGACAAAUGACAUUACAUCUACAACAACUAAAUCAACAUCAGUCACAUCAGUUCCAAAGUCCCACGAUCAUAAAUACGACAAAUUCUUUAGCAAAACCGCUGUAACAUUGCUGAUGUGCGGCUAUCUGAUUGGGGUAGGCUUGGUCGUGGCUUGGCACAUGUACGAAACUGGAUGCAUUCAGCUGCCAAAGGGAAAAUGGCUCAAGUGCAAUGUGGCCAUGUUGGUGUUCCUGCUGCUUUCCUACAGCCGCAAUGUGCGCUGCAUUGUCACGUUGUGCAUACCCAUUUUGUGCAGCUCCAAGGGACGGUCCCUGUUGAUCGCAUCUGCUUUUCUGUUGGUCGCUACGGGACCGACGAUGAAUAUUCUGCGGAACGUAGACGUGCUCACCCGCAGCUUAUCCUGCGGCCAGAUGCAACUGAAGGAAGCGCUAGAAGAAAUGCUGGAGGUCAUGAAACAGCCGCUAGUAGCUAUUAAAAAAGCCGUCCAAGUAGCCAUGAAUAAUAUAAAGAAAAUUGUCAAAAGAGUCGAAUUAUUAUUGUACCGUAUAAAGGAACUGGUGCUGGUCGUUUUGAGCGGCAUCAAGGUCAUGUUCGAAUGGUUGAACAGCAUUGUGAGUUUCUGCAAUAAGGAGUUUGGCACACCCUUCGACCGUUGCAUGAAGAUCGCCGAUGAUGCGAUGAAGGACUGCAGUGAACGUCUGGGCUACUUCAAAGGUCUCUGUCAGGCAACGCAUCUGUUCUCAGUGCUUUGCUAUACUGUUAAGGUUGUCGAUGUAAUUUGUGUGAUGGUAGUAUUCUUCGACGACGCUGUACUGGGCACCAUUAUGGAUAAGUUGCGUGAAUUCACCGAAGAGAUCAAGAAUAUGUUCGAUGUGUCUGUUACUUUCGACCACGACUUCACUUUCACAACGGUGGCCUCGAGAAAUCUCAGCGAUGUGGGCCGUGACAUCGUCAAUGAGAUACAUGCGCGCAUGACUGGCUUUUUUAUAAUUUUCGGCUGGCUGGAUGUGGUUAGCGGACUCCUCUGCAUUUUAGUGAUAAUCAAAGCCAUAUACUUUAAAAUGAAAUACUUGCACAUACGCAGCUAUCAAAAUCACUAUCUCACCAAGGACAUUCUGGAGAUCGAUGAGCAGCGCAAGGGCACAGAGUUGGACCGACUAUUACCGCUAAAACGAAGUGAACGUCGCAAAUAUAUCUGGAUCUCAAGCUGUCGUCUGACGCGCCGCGAGAUUUUUAGGCUGAUGCGUUCCAUGCUAUUUCUUUUUAUUUCCAACAUACAGAUUUUCUGCAUCUGCUUUGCUGAUUAUUGCUUCUACUGGCUGUUGGCAAUGAUCACCUACUAUGGCAGCCAGCAGGCAAAUAUAGAGGGUGAGUGCGUGCGUGCGUGCUAUGAAAUUCGAGGUUCUUUUAUUUUUGUUCUAACGCCGUUGGCAGUUCCGCCAUUCAUUACCGUUGAUGUGAAAGGCAGUGGGUAUGUGGCAGACAUAUUUCGUGGUAUCGUGGAAGCUUUCGAGCCGCUUAGUCAGAAAUAUAACAUCGAUGCCACGCCCUGCCUUCCGAUGCCGAAGCGUCCUAAUUUUAAGCGCUACUUGGAAAUCAGCGGAAUUUGUUUGCUGGCUUGGAUUUUUCUCUUUUGUGAGCCAUACGGGUUGCGGCUGCGGCAUAUUGUUAUGCGUCUGUACUAUCCAGUUGAGGCGAAACAGCGAGCCGUUUGGUUGUACAAUGAAAUCCUCUUGAAGCGCAUGACAUUUUUGAAGCUGCUAAGGCGUAAAGCGCGCGCUAAGUUUAAAAACGAGCCCAGAGAGGAUCCCUAUACGUUUCUGGAUUGGAUUCGAGCAAAGACCAAUCGCUGUUUUCUCUGUCGUCUCAUAUUCGGUCAUCGUAAAGGUGACACCUGCAUUCUUUGCGGAUUCCGGCUAAAAGGAGACAAAGUGGAAUGCUCAACUCCCGGCUGCAAGGCAGUUUACUGCCAGAGCUGUUUUGACGAGUCCAGUCAAAUGUGCUGCAUAUGUAGGAAUCCUGUGGAGUACGGUGAUGGCAGCGACAUAUCGGAAGAAAAGGACUCCUCUGAUGAUCCGGACGCUGUACGUCAGCCGCACGAAAGCGAUCAAUACUGCAUUUGGGUACCCUAA